CGGAAGGGACUCUUUAAGCUAAUAUGUACAUCCGGUCUUGAGUCGCAGCGUGAUGUCCUUCAUUUAAACAUUUAAGAAAAUGUUUAUAUCGGACAGUUGUUCUGGAUUAUAAACUGUUUUCGGUUCGGAUGGGUUGUUCCGGGUUAGCCGACGGUGUAGACAUUUUAUUCGGGAUAAUCUGAGCAGUUAUGAUGUCCUUCUGGAGCCUGAGACCAGCGCUGACGAUGCUGAUUCAAGCAUCCCAGCUCAGCUCCUCCUGGACGGGGCCCCUCCUCUCCAGGACCAUGGCCACUCUCAACCAGAUGCAUCGACAGGGGAAGCCUAAAGUUCCCCCUAAAUCUGUGGGCGCCACAUAUGGCCGCCCACAACUCAAAGCGGUCAUCCUGAAGACGAUGAUCCGAAAGCCCAAGAAGCCCAACUCGGCCAACAGGAAGUGCGCCCGGGUGCGGCUCUCCAACGGAAAGGAAGCAGUGGUGUUCAUCCCUGGGGAGGGACACAACCUGCAGGAGCACAACGUGGUCCUGGUGCAGGGAGGGAGGACCCAGGACCUCCCUGGGGUCAAACUGACUGUUGUUAGAGGCAAAUAUGAUUGUGCUCAUGUAGUGAAGAAGAAGCAGUAGCCGUGACUGAUGCUGCUGCUUUCAUGGUGUGUUUGGGUAAUAAAAAUGUUUUUUUUUUACUAGUCCCUAAUUGGCAACAGAUGAUCAAUAAAAAAUAUUCCGUUAUGAA